ACAUCGCAUCUUUCUGUGGACCUGAUACCACGGCAACUGGCUGACUUUGUCCCUGGCAGUUUAUGUGCUUCCCGGCAUCAAGGCAGUGUGCCUUUCAAAUGUUGUCCAGGUCGUAAGCGACGAAUUUUGGAUUCCGGUCGACGAUGCAGCCAGAAAGUUGUUCGUAUUUCCGGAACAUCAAAAGAUGAUGGAAAUAGACCUCCUUGACAAAAAGGAGGACAAGACUUCGCCAUUAGCAUUCGGAUUUGCAUUCCAUACUUGCUACUGGCAGGUUCUUUGGCAAGUCUAUUCGUGCUAUGGGUCUCAUGUCGAUCUUCCGCAUCUAUUUGACCUUUGCGUGACUCUGCCGUUCAUGAAAGAACUGCCCGAGAUGAUCCUCGACUGGGGUCAUGACUACAAGGGACUUAUCAGCCCGAUCACUGCCCAAAGAGAUGUCUACGGUAACGAAUCUCGCCCGCGAAGCAUGUUUACUAUUAUGGAAGUACUCAGUCAAAACCCUUUCUAUAAUCCUAACUUACACCUCAUCUUUUCCACGACUCGACCUUAUAAAUGUGGUCAACAGGCUACUCCCAAACCCCCGCAGAGAGCAGAAGGUGACAAUAACGAUGGAGACCCCUUUUCCGGGCUUUGCGAGACAAUUCUGGAAAUGAUCCUGACUUUUCUGGACUGGGUUGAUGUAAAGAGGCUCAGGCGAGCAUCACGAGCUUUUACCGUUACACCCUUGUCGAAUCGGUUCUGGCAUUCUCGUUUCUGGCCUGGAAAUGAACUUGACUUUAUCUGGGAAGCAGGCGCUUUCCGGGAAGCCGACAUGAACUGGAAAGCCAUCUAUCGACGCAUUCACUUGCUCGCGCAGCAAGGGGAGCUGGGGAACAGGCAACGGGUGUGGAAGUUGGCACGUCGUCUCCGAGAACUCACCGAAACGCGAAAAGCCUGCCAUGAAUGUUCUGGAACUCCUGUUCCUCGAAAGAAUGGUGUUGCGACCGAGUAUGCCUGGAUUUGUCUCCGCCGAAUGUCCCGCGCUGCGAAUAUGGGGCCCAUGAGAGCCAAGGCGACAACGCUGGAAAAUACAUCUGAGAGUAUCCGCGACCACCCUGAGGUUUAUGUAUCCACCGUCAAGAUAAAUUCCAAAACCUACGUUUCUGGUAUUCGACUCUCUUAUAAAGACUACCCUGGUUCUCGCCUCGGCUAUUGCUGCCCUGACAGAGAGACGAAGGUUACUUGGGAACCCCCCCUUUUAUUAUUACGUUUGAAUGGCUUUCAUGUAUCGAUGGACUCCAGAGGAAUCCGAGGUCUUCGAGUGAUACCGCAAACAGGACCACCCUCAAGAUGGGUUGGAGAAUUUGACGGCCUCGCACAUGGACCUGUUGUUUUCCCCACGUUGGACGGCCUACGGCUUGGGAUAAAAAUGCUGAUAGCAGAUUUCGACGUAGGUUCUCCAGACUGGCUGUCAUCGUAGUGCUUCGUCUAACUAUGUCAGGCUUUGGUAAUGACCUCAUUAGGAGUCAGUGACAUGUCCCCGGCUUCCAAUAAACCGACCCUUCUGAGCCAGCUCCGCUUCACGGAACGUCAUAUGUAGUACGGAGGAAUUCCCUCGGAGGAGUUGAGUUUCCUUGGAUGCGGGCAUAUAAAUUUCUGUCAAAAUAUAUGUCUUCCUCCAUUUGAAGUGAUAUAUUUCGGAGGGCGAGACGGAGAGGAUCUCCCUUAUCUCACCAGGAUCACGACUUGGACAGUUGACUCUCUUUUAGUGACAUGCGUACCCAGAA